AUGGCGGCCAUGCGCGGCAUUGCAGCAACUGUGUUUGGCGCGGCGCUUGCAAACUUGAUGCCAGUCCUCUUCUUGCAGGCUGGCAUGAGUAGCGUGUCCGCCAAGUGGGCAUGGAUGACCAGCCCACCAAAGUGUGCCUCCGCCGAGCCCAGCACAUGGGACUUCGACGGCAUGGCCACCAUCGCCGCCGGUGAGACGGGCACCAUCAAGUGCAAGAAUGGAGGAAACGCAUCCGAGGGCACGGUGUCCUGCCCCUCCUCCAACGAGAAUGCGACCUCACCCUCCGAGGAUCCGGAAUGGUGGGGUCCCUGUGGCUUCGGAGCAUCCUGUCAGGUCGACAAGGCCAUCGGUGACAACAUCACCUGCACUGGAGGCACGACAGCGGAUGUUGGUGGAAGCCCCCAACAAGCAGUCGUCUCCGCGGCUUCCAUCCUUUUGGGUGUGGUGGCUUGCCAGUGA